ACAAUUAAGGAAAGCGAAGAGGAGAUAGAUGGCUGUUCGUUUCUUCUGUCUGUAUCCAAUCGUUGAAUUAUGUUAGAGGGAGAAAAUUGAAUCCAUUUUACUUUUUAAGGGAGGAAGAGAAGUUUCAGAUACACAUAAGUCUGCCCAAAGACAACCACAAAAAAAGAAAAAAAAAAAAAAAAAACUUCUCUUUCUCUUCCGUUAUUCUACGCAGUUUCACACAUUGAAUUCAUCGUUUCACAUUCUCGUCUACUUCUCUCUGACCUGAAACGCUGAAUCCUCCUCUCCCCUUUUUCGCCACUAAAAUUUUCUUUUCCCUUCAAAUCCCUUAUCUGGGAACCUUAGUUCCAAGAAGUCCGAAAAUUCCAGGCAAUUUAAGAAUUUUUGAAGAUCUGAGGCUGUGAUUCAUGGGAAAUUGUUGUGCAACCCCUAGUUCUUCAUCUGAGAAGACAAAAGGGAAACACAAGAACAAACCCAAUCCAUUUUAUGUUGAUCAUUAUGCUGUAUCAAAUGGAUCUGGAGCUGCAAACAAGCUGUGUGUCCUGAAGGAUCCUACUGGUCGUGAUUUAUCUGUCCAGUAUGAUCUGGGUCGUGAGCUGGGGCGUGGUGAAUUUGGUGUUACAUAUUUGUGCACUGAUGUGAACACAGGUGAGAAGUACGCCUGUAAAUCAAUCUCGAAGACGAAGCUUAGAACUGCAGUGGAUAUAGACGAUGUGAGGAGGGAAGUGGAGAUAAUGAAGCAUCUUCCUAGACACCCAAAUGUGGUUUCACUAAAAAACACUUAUGAGGAUGAUGGUGCUGUUCACAUUGUAAUGGAAUUGUGUGAGGGAGGUGAACUGUUUGACAGAAUUGUUGCACGAGGGCAUUACACUGAACGAGCAGCAGCAGGGGUUAUGCGGACAAUUGUAGAAGUUGUACAGAUGUGCCACAGGCAAGGAGUCAUGCAUCGGGAUCUCAAACCAGAGAACUUUCUCUUUGCAAACAAGAAGGAAGCAGCUGCCUUGAAGGCAAUAGAUUUCGGGCUGUCAGUCUUCUUUAAACCUGGUGAGAGAUUUAAUGAGAUAGUGGGAAGUCCUUAUUACAUGGCUCCAGAGGUUCUCAAACGCAAUUAUGGGCCAGAGGUUGAUGUCUGGAGUGCUGGAGUUAUCUUAUAUAUCUUACUUUGUGGUGUUCCACCUUUCUGGGCAGAAACUGAGCAAGGGGUGGCUCAGGCAAUCAUUCGCUCAGUGAUUGAUUUUAAGAGGGACCCUUGGCCCAAAGUUUCUGAUGCUGCAAAGGACCUUGUGAAGAAAAUGCUUAAUCCUGACCCAAAGCGACGUCUUAUUGCUCAAGAAGUACUUGAACAUCCUUGGUUACAGAAUAUCAAGAAGGCUCCAAACGUUCCACUUGGGGAGACUGUGAAAGCAAGGCUAAAACAGUUUUCUGUUAUGAACAAGUUGAAGAAAAGAGCUCUCAGGGUGAUAGCCGAGCACUUGUCUGUAGAGGAAGUGGCUGGCAUAAAGGAGGCAUUUGCAAUGAUGGACACUUGCAAAAGAGGCAAGAUAAACAUUGAUGAACUGAGGAUUGGGCUGCAAAAGCUUGGCCAACAAAUCCCUGAUGCAGAUCUUCAAAUCCUAAUGGAAGCUGCUGAUGCUGAUGGUGAUGGGAGUCUGAAUUAUGGAGAGUUUGUGGCUAUUUCAGUUCAUCUCAAAAAGAUGGCUAACGACGAACACCUGCAUAAGGCUUUUGCUUUCUUUGAUCAAAAUCAGAGUGGUUAUAUAGAGAUGGAAGAGCUGCGUGAUGCCUUGAAUGAUGAAGUUGAUACCAGUAGUGAGGAAAUUAUCAGUGCGAUUAUGCAUGAUGUUGACACAGACAAGGACGGACGAAUAAGUUACGAAGAAUUUGCUGCAAUGAUGAAAGCUGGCACAGAUUGGAGAAAAGCAUCUAGGCAAUAUUCCCGGGAAAGAUUCAACAGUCUGAGCUUAAAGUUAAUGAGAGAUGGAUCUUUACAGUUAGCCAAUUGAAGGUAGUUCAGAAAGGUCAACUAGAAAAAAGUAAAGAUAACAUUCAUGUUGCGGGAUAAGAAACAGAGAGGAAAAUUCCUUCUUUUUUUUUUUUUUUUCAAGGUUGUGAGUUUAUGAAAAUUGUAUUGUCUGUUUCUUCAAUUAUUUGCCUACAGAACCUCAGUUAGGUAGGUUUAGGUUGAUUGUCGUAGUGGUUUAAAUAGCCAUGUUUAGAAGAUGUUUUCCUAAAAGAGUGCAGUAGGAGAGUAAAGGAAGUGUAUUAGGAGGGAAGAAAUGUUAUUACAAUGGAUGAUCGUAUGUGGUUGUAAAUAUAUUAAUUAGGCUAACAGGCCUCUUUUAUUAAAUAUAUGUUUCUCCAGCAAUUCAAGUA